AUGAACCUCUCGACCGGCGCUUCUCUCAUCACGCUCUCCCUCCUCAUCAACAAGCUCGCGGGCUUCUACGGCAUCCUCGCCCUGUUCACGGGCUACCAUCUGUCGGGGUUCCAGCUCAGCAUGUACGUGUACAGUGUGCUGGGACUGGUCCUGACGGCGUACCUGGCGCCGUUUAUCCGGAAACAAACACCGCUGCAGUGUCUUGCGCUGGCCUGGUUCUACGUGCUGGACAGCGUCAUCAACGCGGCGUACACGGCUGCGUUUGCGGUAACGUGGUUCCUCGUGCUUGUUCAGCACGACAGCGGCAAGAGCGGCGGGGGCGCCAAGGGCCCCGGACACGGGAUGAUGGACGAUACCUCAGGCUUCACCAGUCCCGAAAUGAAUGUGAGCCGUGUCGAAGUCGUGGCGAACCCGGCCGCCGACCGCCAGGAUAACGUUGUUGCUGCAGGCGUCGUGCCUGCCGACGGCCCCGCGGGUAGCGGCAUUGGAGACGGCGUAUUAGGGACCGAGAGCAUGAACAGCAUCGGUGUCAUCGUAAUGCUUUGGACCAUCCGGGCGUACUUCUGCCUGAUCAUCCUGGCCUGGGCGCGCAUGGUCCUCAGACAGCACAUCGCAUCAUCCACUAACGGUGGCAAGGCUGCCGCUGCGAAUGCGGAAACCGGGAUGGUGGAGAACCCGUUCGAAGAGACGAAGCCACAAGGGCAAGGAUGGAGAGGGAAACUGGGACGAGCCAUGGUCAGCAUUGGCCGAAGUUACUGGUUGGGCAGUGACGAGGACGAUAGCUGGAUGCAGGGGAUGAAGUUCAGAAACAGCACCGAGUUCGGCACCAUGCUCAAUAAGAUUGAGACUCAGUCUGGUGCUGGGCUCGCUGAACGCGAGAGGAGAAGACGAGCAGGAACAGGUCCGCCCCUGCCCGGUGCGGGACUCGACUUCGCACAGGGCAAGGAAGAUGCGAAGACGCCGCAGGUCCCAGCACAGAAGUUGUGA